AUGCCGGUGCCGUUGAGCCAUAAAUAUAAAUACACUUCUCUAUUUAGUGAUAUAUGCAGGAGUAGAUUCAACCAUUUAGUGACAAGAUUUAUUCCCAUUAUUGGUUUAUUGUUUACACUAACAAUUUCAAUUUUGUUUGGAUCUGGAUAUCCUUCAUAUUUUAGAAGAAUAAUAUCCUCGUUACUGUAUAAGUUUCCAAUCUUAUAUCUAUUAUCAUUAUUGCUUGUAUUCAUGAGAAAGAAUUACUUACAUGUUAAUUACGAUGUUCCUUCAAAUAUUAUAACCAGUGUAUUUCGCAGACUGUUCUCUAUUAAAGCAAUAGCGUAUUUACUUUCAAAUAUCUUGGUUAUAAAGUUAUUUGCAGUGUUUUUCCAAGAUUUAUUAAGCAUUUCCCUAAAUCAUAUUCUUUUAACUAUUAUAUUGCCAGCUACAUACACAAUACAACAUGUUUUAUUUGAUUUGGAUAGACUUCCAUUCAAAUUUGAAAUUCAACACCAACCUCCUAGUGAAUAUAUUUACAAAAAAUUAAAAGCAAUUGUAAUCAAGUCAUUAAUCCUUGCAAUUACAAUCAUGACCGUCAUAUUAUUUGGUUUCGCAACUUUAAUUGGAAAAUGGACAUUAGGCUUUUAUGGUUAUGUCUCAUACUUCGUUUUCACAUUUGUAACUCUACUUUACAUUGAAUUUAUUAAUUUAUCCUUCACAGCGCAUAUGAUUAUUGGAUGUAUUCAUAAAGGUAAAUUGAUAUCAUCAUUGUCCGCAACACCAGUUGAAACAUUAAUAAGUGGAUUAAGCUCUAAUAAAAGUUUUACAAAAAUGACAGCAUUCCAAGAAUUAUGUUAUAGAGCGAUUUCCAUGGAUUCGUCUUUGCGAACCCCAAUAUAUCAAGCACGUUUAAGAAAUAAUAAAAUAUGGCCGGCUAUUCUAAAUGAAUGUAUUAUUUUAACAAAAUCUAAUAAUACAGCUGUUUCCCAAUAUAUGCUUACUUUACAGAACAGCUUAAAACCAGCAUCUACAUUCAAACAAUCAAGCACCAGAGAUUUUCUAACCAAAUCCUCCAAUGAUGAAAUUUUUGGUAAUGAUAAAUCAAUAAGAUCUGAUGGACAAUUUGAUAGCAAUGGAUUCUUAUUUAAUAACAAUUUUGAAGCUAAUGCAAAAAUAUCUAACAACCAAGGACAUCCAAAUAGAAUUGCAGUGCGAACCGGAGAUAUUUUGAUUAACAAUAAGCGUGAUCAUCAGACUAAUUUGAAUAGUAACAAACUGUUCAAUAACACGCACUUAUUUGAUGAACCGAUUAUUACCCAUAAAACUAAAUUUAUGUUGGCAGUUCAGAAAAUUUGGUCAAUAUACAGUGUUCAAAUUAAAAAAUUCUUUACCAAGUCUCAAGAGAAUAGCGAAUCUCAAACGUUAUCAAUACUUGAAACUUUGAAUAUCUCAAAAAUAAGAAUAGCUGAAAGAUUAGUACCAAUGCCAGUAACUCAAGGAUAUUGUAUUAUUGCUCUUAUGGGUUUAUUCAUUCACGCUUUGGAUGAAGAUCCAAAAGGUAGCAUUGUAUCAUCAGUUGGUGAUGUUUUAAAAUUAUUAGAAAGAUCUGUCGGUUCUUUAGGGAGGUAUGCUGAUUGGAAACCUGACUAUACUAGUAACCUCAAAAAUGAUACGAAGAAAAUCAAAACGCUAGAUAAUGUAUCUAAACUAUAUGAGCUAUCUAUUAAUGUCUUUUUAGAGGUUGUAUUAAAGUACAACGUUUUACUAAAUGAUGUUUACCUUGAUAAAGAUGUCAUUAUAUUAAGUAAAUGGGUAUUGGAAAUGUGUAAUGACGAAAUAUAG